AAAUAAAAAGGAGUCGAGGCCAAACUAGCUGUUUUACCAGAUGAAUAGAACAAUUAAAUAAUUGGCACGGUGGGUAAAGCAAGAUUCACUCCUUGGUUCAACCACUUGAUCAAAGUUUUGAAACUUCUCUUACUCUCUCUUUCUCUCUAUCUGGGAGCAACUAUAAUAUAUAAUCAUCGAUUAAUUACAGUUGGAAGUUCUAGGCUCAAGCUAGCUAGAAUUAUUUAUAAAGAAACCAAGUUGGGUAUUGGAAGCUAUAUAUAUGUGUGUGUGUAUAAGAGAAGUAGAAGAGGGAGAGGGAAGGUAACAAGGGAAUGAAGAGGAGCAGAGAGAUGAAAAAGAGCUCAGAGAUAAACUCUGCCAUUGAAGAAUUGUCUAUGCUUGCUGUAGUCAAACCUGGAGGAAAUCAUGAGAUUGCACACAUACCCACAAGGCCGUUCCUAUCUCUAUGUUACUUUAUUCUACAAGUUCUUGAUAAGAUAGGCCCAACGAUGGCUGUUUUGAGACAAGACGUUCACCAGAAUAUUAAGAGGUUGGAACUGAUGCACGAAAUGGAUCCCUCAAUGAAUUCAAAUUUGGUUGAAAUAUUGAAAUCAGAAGCUAGUAAAGGCAAGGCAAGGAAGAGGUCUAGUUGCAGUAAAGCCUUUCUUUGGCUCACUAGAUCCCUGGAUUUCUCCUCAGCAUUGUUAGAAACUCUAGAAAAUGACCCUAAAAAGAAUAUGGAGCAAAUAGUUCAAGAGGCUUAUGAUGCAACCUUGUCACCAUGGCAUGGAUGGAUUUCAUCGGCAGCUUUCAGAGUGGCUGUAAAACUGGUGCCAGAUAGUAAAACUUUCAUGGAUCUCCUCAUGGAAAAAGAUGAAAACUGUGACACCCUCAAGGAGAAAAUGCAGAUCUUGGUUUCUUUGCUUGUGCCUUUUCUUGAGGAUGUUCAUAGUAUUUUUAAAGUGUAUAACUUGGACAGGAUUAAGUCAACCUGAAGAUAGAAGAACUAAUGUACAGCUAUAUGUAGUGUAUAUUUUGGGUUCAUCCCUACUGUUUUCAUGUAAAUGGCUUGUAUAGUAAAAUUUGCAUCAACACAACUCUGUAGUCUUUAGUUACAAGUUUGCUUUCGGCUGGUCAAUAUAGAUUUUAUACAACAAAUUUGUAUAACUUGAAUUCAA